CAAGCUAAAAGUAACAGCUGAUUUGUCAACGCCGACUAUAUGAAAAAUCCGCAAUUACUUUCUGAGCAACCCAAUACAUAUUUUAGUUUGAUUUUGUUAAGUACCAGAAUCCAGCAAAGACAACAGGCCUGCGGUCAACGAUGGAUAUAAUGUUCUGCCAAAAGACAAUGGACUUUUCGAGUGUGCUCCAAAAAAAUGAGCCUCAUCAACGAACUAUUAUUCACUUGGAUAUGGAUUACUUCUACGCACAAGUGGAAGAAAUAAAAGAACCAUCAUUGCAAGUGCGGCCAUUGGGAGUUCAGCAGAAAAAUAUUGUUGUUACUUGCAAUUAUAUUGCAAGGGCGCAGGGCGUUAAAAAACUUAUGCUUAUAACGGAAGCUAAACGGCUCUGCCCGGAUAUAGUGUUGGUUCCUGGCGAAGACCUAACUCCUUAUCGCCAGAUGUCUCAGAAAAUUUUUGAAAUACUGCUAAAUUAUACACCAUUGGUGGAAAAAUUGGGAUUUGACGAAAAUUUUAUGGAUGUGUCUUUGCUAGUUGCAAAACGCGAACAGCAAAAAAUACAAUUAAACAAUGAUGAAACUGACAUUCCUACCGUUACUGGUCACAUAUACCCGGCAGAUGGGACAACUUUGAAUGCGUGCCGAUGUGGAUGUGCACAUCGCCUUACCAUUGGCGCACAAAUUGCUGCAGAAAUCAGAGAAGAGUUGAAAAUUAAAUUGGGGCUUACAUGUUGCGCUGGAAUAUCGUACAACAAGCUUUUGGCUAAGCUUGUUGGUUCUCAAAAUAAGCCAAACAAACAAUCUGUACUCGUAUCUUCCCAUGCGGAACAGUUCAUGAGGGAGUUAUUUGAGUUGAGCCGCAUUACUGGCAUUGGUCAGAAAACAGAAUCUCUAUUACUGGAAAGUGGAGUUGCAAAUAUCGAAGAACUACAAAGAUGUGACAUGGAUUUUUUGAAAAAGAAAUUUGGUUACGAAACGGCAUUAAAACUCAAAGAUCUUGCAUUUGGCCGAGAUAAUUCCGCCGUGCGUCCUACUGGAAAGCCCAAAUCAAUAGGACUAGAGGAUUCCUGCAAACCAAUUUCGGUUAGAACUGAAGUUGAGGAACGAUUUCGGUUACUCUUGCUUCGGUUGAUGGAACAAGUUGCUGAGGAUGGUAGGAUACCAAUAUGUAUUAAAGUGGUCCUGCGAAAAUUUGAUGUUCAAAAGAAGAGCAGCCAUCGCGAAACCAAACAAGCCAAUAUACUCCCGUCGCUAUUUAAAUCAUUCCCUUGUUCUGAUAGUGGAGCCCCAAAGGUGAUACUCGCGGAUGGAUCUCAAGAAAAACUCUUGAAAAUUAUUAUGCGACUAUUUGAACGCGUUGUUGAUCUCAACAAACCAUUUAAUAUAACACUCAUAGGUUUGGCGUUUUCAAAAUUCCAACAACGCAAAGUGGGGUCUUCUUCAAUAGCAAAUUUUCUUAUUAAAAAGACCGAUUUAGAAGUACAAUCCAUUACGUCACUAACAAAUACUGAUGUUGGUGCUGCUACAGAUUGCACUCAAGGUGUAAUUUCAAAACUUGCAUCUAACAACGAUAAUGAAGCCUUUCGAUCUUCGCCUACUACAUUUCAACCCAGUGACCAGUUUUAUCGUCGACGUACUGCUGCGGCAUCUCCCAUACCCAUGCUAAUAGAUAAUGGAUCAGAAUCAGGAGCAACUAAUUCGGACUUUUCUGAUUUCUCUGAAACCGAAGUUGAACCUUCGCCAAAGAAAAGCAGGAUAAGCCGUUUGCUUAUCAAUAAACGACGUUGCUUUGGUAGCGCUGCUAUACCUAACUCAACGUGUGAUACAGCUGCAGAUGUUGCAUCGCCCAGCAAGUUGAGAGUUUGUGAUCUCAGGCUGAAUUCCAGAGAUAGUGAUAGAGACUUUCCAACAGUCACAUGUUCUCCAAUUUCAACGUCGUUUUCUAGUACCUCUGAUAAUCAGAAUCGAAAUAAUUCCCCUUCAACUAUAACAUUAACUGCACAAGAAUCUGGUGCCACUCAACGUUUGUUUUCUCCGGCAUCUUUAGAUUUACGAGAUAAUUUAGAAGAUUUCAGAGCAAAUGCUUUAAUAUUUUCACGUCAACGCGCUGCCUCUUUGCAGUCGCCAGACAUUUCCACAAUGGAUGAAUAUAGUGACAGUGGAUCCGAUGUAAGUGCUGCAAAACAGGUAUCGAAUAAACCACAAAACUUAACAGGGAAUACCUCGAACAUUCCGUGCCCCGCAGGCGUUGAUCCACAAGUUUUCAACGAACUUCCAGUAGAAGUGCAAAACGAACUAAUUGCCUCAUGGCGAAGCUCAUUGGCCGCAGCAGCUGCCGCUGUUGCAAAUGGUACGAAAUCACCGCUUUCAUCUUCACAAGGUAGUGCUAGUACACUUCCUACAUCACAAACUCAAUCUUCCAAUGGUAUCGUUAAUCCGAACUGUACUCAAAAAAAUACUCUUUAUAGGUACUUUUUGAGAAAUAAGUGAUCUUUGCAUUAUUUUUAAUUUUUUGCAUGCACUUGAAACACAUAUGCCUAUUGUUAUUAAAUAAAAAAGAAUCCUGUCACAUAUUUUUUACGUUUUUAUGUACGUCAAUUUCUAAAAUAUUUCGCAAAUAAAUGAAUUUUAAAACACCCUAGAAAAAUUCUGGUUUGCCGGGGAAUGUCAAUUUCUUCAGAUCAUGAAGAUCCACCUUCGGUCUUUUGGGCGGUGGAUGCCUAUCUACAAUACAAGAUGAAGAUUUGGUUGGUCCCUGCCAUAACAGCUCAGGUGUUGCUUAGAAAGCUUGUAUUUGACUUCUCAGGGGUAGGAUCUUUGUCUCCUGAUGAAGGUGGUUCACGUAAGAAUUGAGAAGACAGCCUUUCACAGUUCGAGACCACAUUGGAGCAGCUUAACUUACCACUUCCGGCACGGGAUGGCUAUGAGCACCAGACGGGUUGAAACUCUCAGUUUCAAUUUGUGUAGUGUUCAGCGUCAUUACGAAAAGCUUAGAUGGGAUAGUAUGAUGCUCCAUAUACGGAGUAGCUGCAAGUGCUGUCGCGAACUAUCAGCGGUAUCGAGUGGAGAGUCGCAGUGAGAAGCUGGCCGGCACAAGCUCAUGCUUAAACACUGAGUGCCCAUCAUACUCGAAACGACAGUGCGAGAUCUUGGCGCCUUUAAAUAAUCAAUGGCCAUCACGCUACCGCAGCGAUCGGUCCUAUGGACCGGAACGAGCAUGCUUACAUAUGGAUAUUGACGAGGAUCAUCACCUCCACAUACAAAUGUGGUUAUAAGAACAACAAGAUAACUUACCACUGACCGACCAAUUGCUUUGUACCAGGGUUCACUUAAGAAGGCUAGGUCACUUGCCCAGCUGGAAUUUUCCAAUUCCAGAGUUGUAUCCAAAUCCCAAAAGAACGUCAAAUGCUUUGUUUGGAUUGUAAUUUUUUUUAUAUUUUAUUGUUUUUUUCACAUUUUGUUUGUUUUAAUUUAUAUUCUUCACAUUUAUAAUCAUAAAUCUUUUGAUCUUGUGGCCAGCGUUA